UGCAAAGGCUUGCCUGCGAUAUUCUGCAAAAUGAGCCAAAAUGACCUUCAAGAAUACGGCAAAUUUCUGACAAGCGAUUAUAUUCAGAAAGCCAAAGAACGCGGUGACCCGCUUGUCCGAAAAAGAGUAAUCCGCCAUGGCCGGCAAGCGGACGGGGAUACUGUGGUUUUCGGCCCGGAAACUGCAUUUCGUAAAACUGAAGUGGGCGACUUCCAACGCGUCGACCUUUCCGCAACGGAAUUCGUUUGGGUUCCUGGAUCGCUGCCUGAGCUGUCUGUCCCUAAAACUUUACCGCCUGAUUAUGACGCUCUGUCGUUCCUGUCAUCUUUACUGCCAGAGAAAACAAUGCUUGGGCUCUGCAUGGCACUAGGGGGCGCUUAUGCUGGUUUUCAUUACGACGUUACCAUUGCAAAUUUCAAGCGAAUGCCGGACUGA